AUGGAUUAUAACAAAUUUGAAAUACUUGCAGCAGCAGCUACAUCAUUCUGUUCUGCACUUGCAAGCACAUUCGAUGCAACGAAUAUAUAUACACAUGCAACAGCAGUUAUAAAAGCAAAUGCUGCAUUUCAAGAACUAGUUGAUCAACGUAAAUCUUAUCAAUAUGUUAUGUCUACUCAUUCUUUCUCAGUUGCCCUACAUCAGGACAAUAUACAACGCAUCAGAACAUUAAGUAACGAAGCAAUUGCACUGAAUGACCAACUAGACCAAUGCAUGCAUCGUCUUUUAGAUGCACACAAACGUUUAAAUGAGACGAUAGUUAAGGAUGAAAAAUUUACAUCAACACGCACGGUUCCUCAUACGAUGCUUUUAAAUUACGCAGCAAAAAUAUCUAAAUUUUCAUCUGCACCAAAUGGCUAUGAUCCAGACAAUGGCCUUUAUGGGAACACGCCAGCAUACUUUCCAUGGCCUCCUGAGGAUGCUAUGAGAAAAGGAGUUCUUAUGAUGCCACGAACACAAACAGAAUUUUUUGGUACAAAAACAUCAACACCAUCUACAGAAAUAGACCAACCUAACAUCCCAAACGACGAAUUACCAACAGAACCAAUACCUUCAAAAAAAUCAUAUAUAAAUGUUUUUGACGGACUUGAUUUAUAUGAACCAAAGGACUCCGACGAAACCAAUAUGCAGUAA